AUGGUCCGCCUGAAAUAUGGCAUCCAUACCGUCUUUAUCUCGGCCAUGAUCGACUGGCCCUUCUCCCGACUCACCGCCGAGCUUCUCUCCAUCCUCCGCGACCGUUACCCGGACGGUCUGACGGCCUCGAUCCGCCAGCCACAGUUGAUCCCCAUCCCCGCAAGCGACAGCGACGCCAAAGUGGCUUAUGCCCUGCCCAAGAACCCCAGCGACUUGGCCCAAGGGUGGAAGUCCAUCAACGCACGAGAGACCGACGUUCUUGGUAAAAAGGGCGUGGCCGAUAUGAGCUCCGUCGCCUUUGCGUUCCUGGGACCUGACGCAGACGAGGCGCAACCUGAGUUUGUGGUGGAGGUUCCGGUUCUUGAAGAAGAAGCUUCCCUAAGAGGGGAUGACGAUCAAGAAGACUAG